ACGUUCGUCGUCUAUAUAAGCGCUGCUCCGCUCCUCACGUCCUCCCCCCCUUUCGCACUUUUCUCCCUUCUGCGUUUCAACUUUGUACUCAUUCUGACAUUGCUUCAGCAUCUUUCUCUCUCUCUCUCCGAGUGAGAGUUCCGGUUGGUUUCUCAGUUGUUGGUAAGAAAAAAUAUGGAAUACGAGGACCAAUACCUGCGCGUUCACACACCUAAGUAUGAUUGUCUCUUUUUUGAUCUGGAUGAUACCCUGUAUCCAAUAAGCUCUGGUUUGGCUGCUUCAUGUCGCAAGAACAUUGAAGAUUAUAUGGUUGAAAAGCUUGGAAUAGAGGAAAGCAAGAUAGCCGACAUGGGAACCACAUUGUAUAAAAAGUAUGGGACGACGUUGGCAGGCCUUACGGCUAUUGGCUAUAAAAUUAACUACGAUGAAUAUCACAGAUACGUACACGGAAGGUUGCCAUAUGACAAACUCAAACCAGAUCCAGUGCUGCGAAGCUUGCUACUUAGUAUACCUGUACGGAAACUGAUAUUCACGAACGCUGAUAAGAUCCAUGCUGCCAAAGCACUGCACCGGCUUGGUUUGGAAGACUGUUUUGAAGGAAUCAUAUGCUUUGAAACACUGAAUGACGUGAAUGAUUCAAAUGAGAACGCAGAUUGUGGCUUUCAAUGCCAAAAUGAUAUUUUUGAUAUCCUUGCCGUGGAGCCCAACGCCGAGAUCCCUGCUACUCCCGUUAUGUGCAAGCCAAUGAAAGAUGCCUACGAUCAGGCCAUUAAAAUAGCCAAUGUUGAUCCUCACCGGACAAUAUUCUUUGACGACAGUGUCCGCAACAUCCAGUCUGGAAAACUUGCAGGACUUAACACAGUACUGGUUGGAAAUUCUGCUCGAGUAAAAGGUGCAGAUUUCUGCCUGGAGAACAUCCAUAACCUCAAGGAAGCACUGCCUGCUCUCUGGGAAGGCAAAGAGAAGGCAGAGAAGGUCCGCUACCCUGCUGGUGUUGCCAUAGAGACAUCAGUGACUGCUUAGUGAGUGGGAGAUCUAGAUUUUCCCCAUUGUAAAAAUGUGUGAUGCCUUCAUAGUCCAUCAUUAAUGAAUAAAAAGCUUUGUAUCUUGA